UUGUCAACUUCAAACAUGGCUUCCAGAUUGGAAAUAAAUUUUAUUAGAUUGCUGUCUCGUUGUGAGACUAUGGCAUCAGAGAAACGUGGAGAGACUGACUGGAGGUUAGAGAAGUACGUUACUGCCCUGGAGGAGAUGUUGGUGGCUCUGAGGAAAAGCCAAAGCAAACCAACACAGGAGGUCCUGACCGAAUACACAAGAAAAGUUGAUUUUCUUAAAGGGCUCCUGGAGGCAGAAAAACUGCCCUCACCAACAGAGAAGGCUUUAGCGAACCAGUUCCUCGCCCCGGGCCGCACGCCCACCAUAGCCAAUGAGAGGAUGCCUGCCAGUAAAACGGUUCACCUGCAAACGAAGGCCAGGUGCACAGGAGAGAUGAGGGACGAGCUGCUCGGCACGCAGUCGUCUGGUAAAGGCAACUUGGAUGGAGAUCUAAGAAACAGAAGAGGUCUCCCUGCGGACGAGCGUCAGUCUGCCGCAGAGCUGGACGCCAUCCUGCAGCGCCACCACAACCUGCAGGAGAAACUGGCGGAGGAUAUGCUCAGCCUGGCCAGAAACCUGAAGAACAACACCCUGGCAGCACAAAACAUCAUCAAGCAGGACAACCAGACUCUGACCCAGUCCAUGCGCCAGGCAGACCUGAACUACGAGAAGCUGAAGACGGAGUCCGAGCGCUUGGAGCAGCACACCAAGAAGUCCGUCAACUGGCUGCUGUGGCUGAUGCUCAUCCUGGUCUCCUUCACCUUCAUCAGCAUGAUCCUCUUCAUUCGGAUCUUCCCCAGACUCAGAUGAUGAUGGUGCACAAACCUGAACUCUUAGUCCCCAUCCCCGUCCCAACGUUCCUUCUGGGCUUUCAAAGCUCUGAAGUAAAACUGAAAACAUUUGAGUCUCUGAAGGUUGAAGUCUUAUAUUCCUUUUUUUUUAUAGAGGUGAGGACACAAACAGAGGCGAGCAAAUUUUAUUUCAGAAGUUACAGUUCAAGCCUUUAUUAUUUCUGCUCAUUUCUGAGCUGCUUCUGGCUUCAAUGGAUCAUUUGGCUAUUGAGUCAGGAAGAAUUUAGUUUAUUUAAAUUAUUAUUUUUUUACUUUAACUUCACAGUUUAAUGUU